UGCAUGAUUUUUGCUCCAUUCACUGGAAAAGAUAACCAUUCUAGACCAGUUACAUUUGGAGCUGGCUUGUUAUCAAGUGAAGGUAGAGAAUCCUAUUCUUGGUUGUUUGGCUGUUUUGUUCGAUGCAUGGGGGUAGCACCCAAAUUGAUUAUCACUGAUCAAGAUUGGGGGAUCAAACUUGCUGUUCAACAAGUACUUUUACAAACAAGGCACCGAUGGUGUAUGUGGCAUAUCAUGGUUAAGGUGUCAGAUAAGUUGCCCAAAUCUUUACUUGGUAAUGAAGAUUUCAAAAAAGAGUUGAAUGCAUGUGUUUGGUCUGAUUUGUUAGAGCCUGAUGAGUUUGAUAUAAUAUGGAAUGAUAUAAUGGAACGGUAUGGAUUAGAAGACGUGAACUGGUUUGGAUCAAUGUUUGAAGAUAGAGAAUUCUGGGUUCCUGCUUAUUUUCGAGAUUUUCCCAUGGGGUCGCUUCUUAGGACUACAUCGAUGUCUGAAUCGGAGAAUAGCUUUUUUAAAAACUACACAAAGCCACGUGCAAAUCUUGUACAGUUCAUCAAUUUCUUUAAUUAUGCUGUGGGAGAUCAAAGGAAUGCCAAUUCACGAUUGAACUACUUGGAUUACUCAACUAUUCCUGAUUUGUCAACCCAAUUGCCUAUUGAGAAGCAUGCAUCUACAAUCUACACUGAUUCUAUUUUCAAACAUGUACAACAGGAAAUAAGUAUGGUAUGUGAGAUUGUUUCUAUAACUACUGUUGAGGAUAACAUCAAGAUGCAUCAGGUCAAGGACCAAUAUGGUAGAACAUGGGAUGUUAAGUAUGAUUGUAAGCAAGACACAUUCGACUGUAGUUGCAAGAAGUUUUCCAGAAUUGGUUUGUUAUGUUGUCAUAUAUUUUGUUUGUUGAAGAAUAAGUCUGCUAAUCUCAUUCCUGAGAAAUAUUUUGGUCGAAGGUGGUUGAAGAGCUCUUUACUAAAGGCAGCCCAUGGUCUACCAUCUGAGGAACAACAACCAUUUGAACAUUUGGAUGAAAAGCAGGAAGUUAAGAAAAAGUUGUUCUCCAACUUUUAUCGAUUAGUCCAAAAGUCUGAAGGAAGUAUGGAUCAUUUGUCUUUGUUAAGUGCUGGUCUUGAUGAUUUGGAACAGCAUAUAUUUGGAAAUUGUGCAGCACCUUCAGUCAUUGAAAAGAAGAAGAUGGUUGAGGAUUUUUAUGGAAUGGCAGUACCUGAUGUAAUUGAUGUACAUCCUCCAGACGUUGUUAGUACCAAAGGAUCAGCUAGUGGCAGAGUAGCAAAGAGGGAGAGUGCAAUAAGGAAAGCAAAUAAGCCUCUACGACGGUGUGGUAAAUGUCAUGAGAUGGGUCGUCAUGAUUCAAGAAAUUGUGGUAGAGUCAAUGAGAAGACAGAUUGAAGCCAUUUGAUAUAGUUUAGGUAUUUUUGGU